GGCGUGCGCAGAACCGAACACCGAUUUAGCCAUUGUCUCUUCACACUCGAACGCAUCAUAACGUGUUCACAUUAGAUAACAAACGAGGCAACGAACUCCGUCAAGAUGUGGUCAGGGAGACGUCAGUGGCUGGGGGUAAUGAUGGCCGUCCUGCUCGUGGUAGGACCCGGGGUUUCCGCCCUAAAAUGCUACAACUGCAAUAACUGCAUCAAGUACGAGCUAAGCCAAUCACAGACGUGCAGUCCAGAGCACACGAGGUGUAUGAAAAUGGAUAUGCAGACCGGACAAGUGCAGAGAAGCUGUGGAACGGAGGAAAUGUGUACAAAUAGCGACACGGAGCUCAAGAACCGCUACAAGGCCGUCAACUGCUGCGGAGAAGACAACUGCAACGGCGGGCGACACCUGACCCCCGGCUCCCUCCUGCUCGUGAUGCUUCCUGCUGCUCUCGUCACCGCCACCCGAGGUCUGCUGACACACUGCUGAUCUCCGCUGCCUCCUGCUUCCUCCGGCUCUCUUGCUGCUGCUGUUUGGCGUCGUGACUGCUUCUAAACUCCUGCUUAUCUGCUGUCUCUAUUUCGCCGUAACUGUGACUG